AUGUCAAAACUCGUUAACGACGUCAAGUCCGGUAUCAAGGGCAUCCACGGAGCCGGCGAAGCUCUCCGCGGCAACGUCCUCGAAGCCACAGACCAAGCCUUCCACACAGACAAGAACGACCCCUCAACCCUCAAAAAAGAAACCGACAACAAGAUCGUCGCUGAAAAGGGCAAGCAAGACAUGAAGGACUUCGACAACACGCUUGCGCGACGCGAGCAUGAGCACCGAGGCAUGGAGCCACCUGCGCAUGUUGGAAAGAGAGAGACAGAGAUUGAGAAGGAGAAUGAAUUGAGGAGAAGUGAGCGUGAGCUUGAAAGAGUAAAGGCGCAGGAUAGACCUAAGGAGGGGCUGAGUCGCGAACCAGGUACGAUUUUGCCUGGGGAGACUAGUACUUAUGGGACUGGAAGGACUGACGAUGAUGUAGAUGUGCCUGCGCGAAAGUUGGCUUAA